AUGUUCGAUACAGCGAACGGAACUUAUCACAAGUUGAUUCGCUACGAUAAAAGAGAAAACAAAAAUUAUUUACAAAUUUCUGCCUUAACAUUAUCAAUCCCAAUACAGCAACGAUUUAAAGCGAAUAUAAAAAAAAUUAAAUUUAAGCAAAACAAAAAAAGUUUCUGCUUGAGUAGUCAAUCAUCUUGUCAUACAAAAUUAUUUAAGAUUUUGCCACAAUUUUCCUCGGUCGCAUUGAAAAACUUCAUGAUGUACGAGCGUAUGAAUUUAUUACAGAAUAAAAAAUAUCACAACAAGAGUAAAGGAAAUUGUGGAGCUUAUGUUGUGUCUGCGUUAAGGGAAUUUCCUGCUGCUGAUUUUCCGUUUUAG